UUUUCCCAUAUCACUCGCCGAGCGAGCAGCUUUCCGGCUUUCCCUUCCACCAGCCGGCGGCGUGCACCACUUCUCCCCCACUGCUGCUCGCACAGUCUCGCAGCUCCCGCCACCUCGCCGGUUUUGCUCGCCGAGAGGGUGGUCGGAACCGACCCAGCCGCAGACGCCGCCCAUCUCUUCUCCCUCCCUCUCGGGAGCUCACCUCGGGGAGGCGGAGAUCCGCGCGCGUCCGCACCCUAUCACCCGGUUCCGUCACAGGCUUCCUGCUCCAGUCUCCAGCAGCGGGCCGGUGCGGUGCGUAGGUGGGAAAUUGGCUCGCCAUGGUGGUUACAUAGAAUGACGCAUUCGGGGGCCGUGAGCUGCCAUCGGUACGGUUUGUGGGCAAGUGGAUCCGCCCCACUUAUCGUCAUCAGCGCAUCAAUGAUGCAGUCUUCCCGAGUCAGAGCACACGCUGUGCAUUUGGAUUGUCCUCCUAGAACCGAGCAGAAAAAUGGCGGCAGUCUAGUGGUGAUGCGGCCGUACCAAUCGCCACGGUCACAGGACGAUUUCGCUAAGCGAAACAAUGAGGGUAAUGUGGUAGUGAUGCGGCCAGACCGGCGACUGUGGGAUGGUUUGGUGGGUGAUGCGGCCACUGGAAACAGCAGACCAGCUGCGGACAUUGAGAAGGCUGUUCUGUCCCUGCAAGCUAAGCCAUGGAAGCGCCUGGGUCAGUACUCAGAUGAGGGGGUGGAUGGGGUACAUUUGCCGAAAGACAAAGGGAUGCUGUAUCUGGGCAACCUUCGCAGGUAUUGCAACAACGGGAAGCUCAUUCAAGCUUGCUGUGUGAUUGACGAGAUGGUGCUCCAUGGCCAAAUUCCGGAUUCUAAGUGCUGCAUUAGAUUAAUCCGUGGGCUUGUUAAAACUGGCAAGGCGAAUAAAGCCAGGCAGGUUCUCGAGGUCAUGGUGCUCUCAGGUGGGAUUCCAGAUACCAUCACCUGCAAUAUGCUGAUCGCUCAACUUUGCCGAGGAGGACAGCUGAGUUCUGCCAUGAGCGUAUUGGAGGACAUGAGGUAUAGCGGUACCUCUCCUAACGGCAUCACUUUUAACACUUUGAUUAGGUGCAUGUGCAACCAGCAUAUGUAUGACAAGGCAAUCACUUUUUGGAAAGAGCAGCUUAGAAUAGGUUGGCCACCGUAUGUUAUGACGAACACCUUGCUUGUUGAUCUUAUAUGCAAAAAAUGCGGUUCUAAGCGGGCCAUGGAAGUUUUGGAUGAACUUUCUUUGGAGGGAUGUCAACCUGAUGUAGUCACAUACAAUGCUCUCAUUAGUGCGUCAUGUAAAGCAGACAGGCUGAAGGAUGCAAAAACAAUCCUAACUCGUCUUAUUGCUGAAGGUCUUGAGCCAAAUAGUACAACUUAUUGCAUCUUACUCCACUCCCUCUGCAAUAAGAGAAGAUGGGCUGAAGUUUGUGAUUUGCUUGCACACAUGAAGCGGGCAAAUUGUGAGCCUGAUGUUACUGCCUACAAUAUCUUUAUCAACUACUUCUGUAAGUAUGGGCAUCUAGAUCAGGCGAUUGAUGUGCUGGAGAAGAUGGUUAGUGAUAAAUGUUGUCCUGAUAUAGUGACAUACAACACGCUCCUAAAUGCAAUCUCUAAAGAGGGUAUGGUUGAAGAAGCUCUUGUGAUAGCCCAUUUCAUCAGACAAAACGGAUGGCAGUUGGUUCUUAUUACGUACAAUACCCUGAUAGAUGCUUUAGCAAACAAGGGUGAGGUGAAGAAAGCUAUGGUUCUGUUUGAUGAGAUGGCUAGUGGUCGGAUCAGUCCCGAUGACAUCACUUAUGGUUCACUUGUUAUGGGCUUCUGUAAGAAAAACAUGAGUGAAGAGGCCCUGGAGCUCUUGAAUCGGACGCUUGCUCUUGGGUUUCAGGUUAAAACAACUACUUUUAUCAUGGUGAUCCAGGCAUUAUGCAGAGAUGGUAAAGUGGAAGCUGCUGCUGAAAUACUGCGAGUAAUGGUAUCAGAAACUAAUAACACAAAUAGUUCAUUUUAUCUAUCUAUAGUCAGAAGAGUCGCCAAAUCAGGCAGGAUUGAAGAGGCAGAAAGGCUUCAUCAGGAGUUAAUUGACUGCAAAAUCCUUAAAAAAGAUUCCUUAGUUGUUUUGAGCAGCUAGUCAGUAGAGCGUAAUAUUCUCCAAGAUACAUCACCGUGAAAAUAUGGAACUCAGAACUCAGCUAACCUAAGCAGAUAAUUCCUGGAAUUUGUGCAUAAUGUCUCGGCAAGCAAAGGUGCCCUUAUGAGAUUGAGAGGACCGUUGACCCAAACCACACAUAUAUGCUCUUUUUGAUGGUUCUCUACAAAAUCGACUCGCAGUAGUAUGCAUAUGUGCUCCAUUUGCUAAGAUGUAACUAUGCUGUGGGCUUAUCCUGUCGGCAUCACAACUUAAAGUAGUGCUUUUGAAUGUGGUUCAUGGUGUUGCAGUGUUCCUGAAAUAUUUAUCGAUGCGCCGGGGGGCAAAUCAUCAUGCUGUACUAUUUUGGUUUCGGAAAGUAUUGUCUGAAAUUUGGGUCCAUGUA